CGUGUCUCGUGUGUGUGAGUCCGUGUGUGUUUGUGUGAGAGAGAUUAUGUGUGUGUUAGAGAAAGAGGGUUGUAACAAUAGGAUUUUUUGUAAAAGCCUGGCCAGCAUCUGUGGUGUAGUUCUGUGCGUCUGAGCGGAGACACUUCAUUAGCCAGUCCCAAGGCUGUUACUCCUCCUUCUCUCUCUGUCUCUCUCUCUCCUCCUCCCCUCUGCUCUGUGGCUGUACACACCGUGACAGUCUGGUUUCAUCUGUGUGGAAUACAGAACUGAUAGUAGUUCAUCUUCAGAUUGUUAAAUGUGCUGCAGGGACUUUAUCUCGUCUCCCCUCAUCUCACUGACUGGAUCGGAGUCUUUUGUUUGUGCCACUCAGACCGGAGCAGUGAAGCGGCAGUCUUGAUCGCAGCGAUGGCCGUGCAAGCUAGCCUGCAGGGCUGGUUUGGAGAGAAGUUUGAAUCGCCGGUGCAAAGCCAACGCUCACCUCUCACUCCACGUAUCGGCCCUGGCCUCGCGGACGUUUUCCAGUACGACCAGUGGCUUGCUGUACGACAUGAAGCCUCGCUUUUCCCCAUGCAGGAAGACCUCUCCAUCUGGCUCACGGACCUUCUCGGUGAAGAGGUGAAGGCCGAGGAUUUCAUGGAGGAGUUGGAUAACGGCGUAAAGCUGUGUCGACUCGCUGAAAUCCUGCAGAGCAAAAUUCCUAACGACUUCUUCCUGGACAAGAGUCGGCGGUAUCCUAUGACAAAAGUGCUGUUUAAGAAAACCGCUUCCCCGGGGUCAUUUUUCGCCCGGGACAACACGGCGAACUUCCUGUCGUGGUGCCGUCAAAUCGGAGUAGACGACACGUAUUUGUUCGAGUCAGAGGGCUUGGUUCUACACAAGAACCCUCGACAAGUCUGCCUGUGUUUGUUGGAGCUUGGCCGCAUUAUCUCCAAGUAUGGGGUUGAACCCCCUGCAUUGGUGAAGCUGGAGAAGGAGAUCGAUUUGGAAGAAUCUCUGCUAAUAGCAGGCGAUCCUGCCCCUCCCAUCAAAACCUUUACCGUGUGCUGCCAACAUGGAGGCCUCCAUCAGGCUGACUCUGACUCAGAUGACCCUCCCUGUAAUUGCUCACAGAGGUUUUCUAUCGAGUACUUGGCAGAGGGACGUUACAGGCUGGGCGAAAAGAUCCUCUUCAUUAGGAUGCUGCAUGGAAAGCAUGUGAUGGUGCGUGUGGGUGGGGGAUGGGACACGCUAAAGGGUUUCCUGAUGAAGAAUGACCCCGACCGUGUGCUGCAGUUCACCACACUUGAGCAGAAGAUUCUGGCAUUUCAGAAAGGCUUGUCUGUCCCAGACUCCAUCCUCAGCACACAGACUGCCCAGCCACCCACCAUGGACCCUCUCGCUGCUGUCAACCUCCUCUCAUCCUCCUCAAGCUCUUCCUCCUCAACUUAUAUGCCAACCGGUAAACCCAACACGGCCGCCUCUGGCUCAGUUACGCCACGAGGUGUUGCCCAAUCUCCAGUCUGCACUCCUUCCCUUCUAAGGAAAGCAGCAGCUCCGAAAAAGAAACUUCAAAUGCCCAAUGUCUCUCCCAAGACCCUGGGACCUCUAACACUACAAAAGACCUCUAACACUACAAAAAAGGUACCUUUACUCAAACCUUCACCACCAGUGGUCAUGUCCCAGAAAUCACCUCUUGCCCUCUCCGACCGGAAGCAACGCCCGCGUGGCGCUCCCUCUCAGCCACGUAGUCCUGUGUGCCCAGAACCCACCUGCAAACAAGCCAAGCCGUCUUCCACCCUGGUCAGAAGCGCUUCACAGCGAGACGGCCGGCCACCUCGAGCGCCUCAUCGCACUCGACUUGCCCCGAGACGCCCCUCCUCCCCAGCAGCCACACGUUUGCAAGUGGACACGAAAAAGGGGCGCCCCAUUUCCCCUCGACCAGCAGGCUUGGCAAGGACUCCCAAAGAGACUAAGCCCUUGGUAGCAAAAGUUUCCCAAGAGCCCAAACCUGCAGUAGCAAAAACUCGAGAGGUCAGACCCUCACCACUGAAUACCAAACCCAGAAGUCAAAUCUCAAUUCCAUCUACACAGGUUUCUAAAUUUCCUCACCCAUCCAGGACCAAGAAUCCAGGAGGACCAUCUGUUACAGGGCCCAGAGCUCCACAGACUGCACAGAAACCCAGCACCAAAUCCACACUCACUACAGACAGAAAAGCCCAAAUCAGCAGCAGCAACAGUAGCAGUAGUAGUAGGCCUCUCAAAACGAACUCCUCUCAGGUCAAAACGGUUAAACCGCCAUCCAGUGCCGCCCAAAAGAAACCAGUAAACCGAACUGUGGCCUCUAAAAAAGCAGAGGAGCCCUACUUUGAGAUGAGCAGUAAGAAGAAGAGGUGAAAAAACUGCUAAAUUUGAGUCAUCCUCUCUCUCUCUCUCUCUCUCUCUCUCUCUCUCUCUCUCUCUCUCUCCCCCCCCAUGUUGUGCUGGUAGUGGCUUUUGACUUUUCCCCUUGGUGUAGCACUUUAUGGUACAGGCCCGAGGCAUCAGCCUCACACUAUGAACACAGUUUCUUUAACAGCAAUAUUUCUUGUUUCAGAAGUGUGUUUUAAUUCUUUUUUAAUUUUUUUUUUACGUUUUCUAAUUUAUUUGGUCUAUUUUUAUUUGUGUCAUAAGCGUCCUAUACAGAAAAAAGGGUCAAGAGAUAGUCUCUGGUCUAUUUUAACCUUCUCGUUGAACAGAGAGUCCCAUGUUUGUACCAGCGUCACUUUUACUUUAACCCAGUGACAUGAAUCGCAGUAAUCGAGGCGUUGAAACUGAAACUGAGUAACACACCAAUCAAGACAUUUCUGAUUCAGUUUAGCAUUCUAGAUGAAAUGACACGUAGAUUUAUAAUUCUGUUUAUGGGAAUAUUAUGUGUAAUUCUCUAUUAUGCUAUUCAGGAAUACAUCUUUGUAUUCAUGUGUGUUAAGAACAAUAAUGGUUAAAGAUUUAAUAGUUAAUCUGUAUGUAUCUGGGUAUUUUCUUAGAAGUAGAAAUUGCAUACUUUUUUUUUUUUUUAACAUGACAUUGUAAACCUAUAGAGAGCUCUUGCAAGUAUCGUGGCCAGCCACUUGCUUUUUAUAUUGUCUUUUUAUUAGGAACUACCUCUAUAAAUUACCAUGUGUACUGCUGAUUGAGUGAUGCUCAAACUGAUCAAAAUUAAUGUCAGAAUUACUGGUUUUCUUUUUAUUCUUCUUCUUCUUAUUAAUUAUUUACAGCACAAACCAAACCUGAUUUUUUUUAUUUUUUUUUAUUUUGUCUAUACUUUAUAUUUGUUGUCUUGGUUCCAGAUGUGAAUGUCUGAUUCUUUCUGUAUAUAUUUAUAUUACAGCACUUUACACUGGUUAUUUUAAAAUGUAGACUUUCUUUAGCAUCCUGUAAAUUGUGACACUAAAUUUUUGUGUCUAAUAAAAAUACCUUUGAUUAA